AUGCGAUGCGCGAGCAAGGCCGCCGAGAGCGCGUCUGCACGUCUCUGUGCGGACGCCGAAGCAGAAACUACAGCAACUGAUGUCCCAUCGGUUGCUGAAUCGACUCAGCCUGUAUCACCUGGUGAUGCAGGCGCUGGCCAUGAAGACACUCGUGUCUUCACAGAGUACGAGCUCGGUGUCUCGUACUCUCCUGAUACGGAUGACGGAUCCGUAUCGACGGCAAUUGAAUCCAAGCCGCCUGCCAAGCGCGCUGGUCAUGAAGACACUCGUGUCUUCACAGAGUACGAGCUCGGUGUCUCGUACUCUCCUGAUACGGAUGACGGAUCCGUAUCGACGGCAAUUGAAUCCAAGCCGCCUGCCAAGCGUGGCAUGGACGAUGCUUUGCGUCGCAGCAUCUUUGGUUCAUCUGAUGAGUCAGAUGAACCAUCGCCGAAGCGAAGGCGCUCGAGGUCGCGAGACUCGGGCGCUAAUAGUGGUGUCGUUUCUCCAAUGGACACCACUUCACAGCGAGGUGCCAGUACUUCUGUCGGCACGUCGCAGGAAGAGCGGGACCGCAAUGUGUUGCGUCUCGCUCCAGAAAAAGAAGGCAUGGAUGCCUCCUAA